AUGCGUAGAAUUCGCACAUUUCUGGUAUUUGCCAGUUUUGGACAAUUCGGAACCCCGCCUGCAAGUGCCAGUGCCCCAACACCAGAGGCAUUUGUCAGUUACUCAAUUGAGUUCUCCUCCUUUCCAGACUUCGCAGGGAACAAUUCCUCCCCAAACAAAUUUUCCAACAAUCUUCUGAGCAAUCUCGGAAAGCUCACGGGGACGAAGCCACACAUACGAGUAGGAGGCAAUACCCAAGACUAUGCUCUCUACAAUGCAAGCCUAGAGACAGCCAUCAAUGGGACCUACAAUCUCAAGAGAUCCGCGGAUUACCCGACCACCAUCUUCAUCGGCCCCUCCUAUUUUGAAUCCUACAGCACUUGGCCAGACACAAAGUUCACUCACGGCUUCAAUCUGGGACUUGAAGGCAACAACUCAGCCGGAUGGGAAACCUUGCUCGACACAGUACCCUUAGCCUGCAAAGCCUUGAGCAACGGAAGACUCCUUAUGUGGGAGUACGGAAACGAGCCAGACCUCUAUUCGACAUCUUCUCAAGGUCCCGUGAGACUUCCAUCGUGGCACGAAUCCGAAUAUGUGGCACAAUGGCUGAACGGAACUCGUGCAAUCAAGGCUCAGCUUCAGAAAUACUGCCCUGAUAUGGUCUCAAACGACACGUACGGAUAUAUGGCGCCUUCUUUUGCCGGCACAAAUAAUCAUUUGAAACCGCUUCUUACCUGGCAAGAAGGUCUCGAUCAGGACCGAAACAUCAAGCUCAUUUCGUCACACAACUACAUCGGCGGCGCAACACAACCUGGCGUAACAUUGCAAGGCACAUUAAUGAACCACACCUCAACCGUACACUCCAUCUCCUCACAAAUCAACGAAUCCAACUACCUAGCGUAUACCGGCAUUCCCUUCAUUCUGGGUGAGACGAACUCUCUGUACAAUGAAGGCGCACCCAGCCUCUCAAACUCCUUUGGUGCCGCCCUCUGGGGUCUGGAUUUCAAUCUCUGGUGUGCCUCCGUCGGCAUCCGUCGCGUGCACAUGCAUCAAGGAACCGACUACCGCUACGCCAGCUGGCAGCCCAUUCUGACCAGCAAAACAACGAUCGGUACAAAGCCUCCAUAUUAUGGGAAUAUCGCUGUCGCAGCUAUGCUUGGAAAGUUGACUGCUGGUGCUGUCCGGAUUGCGAAUCUACCGCUGGAGAGCGAGUUUGAGGCUGCAUAUGCGGCUUAUGUGGAUGAGAAGUUGGCGAGAAUUGCAGUGAUUAAUAUGCGAGCUUAUAAUUAUACUGUCAAUGGAACAUCUUCGGUGUUGAAUCCGGUCAAAAGACCCAGUCAGGAGUAUUCAUUUGAGGUGCCAGAAGGGUCUGAGGUUGAGGUGAAGAGGUUGUAUGCUAAUGGGAGUGAUGCGAUCAGUGGGAUUACGUGGGAUGGGUGGAGUUACAAUUGGGAGUUGGAUCAUGGGAAGCCGAUUAAAUUGCAUAAUGUGACUGUUGGGGAGUGCCUGAGAGCACAGGGAGGGAUGUUGAAUCUCACGGUGGAAGACUCGACUGCUGUGAUUCUGAACUUCUGAUGAUAUUUCGGUCCGAAAUAUCAUUAGUAAAAGCAUAAGCGUUUGGACAACAUAAUAUUCAAACUUGCU